GAGUGAUCAAGUCUUGUGUUUUGUGGAUGUUCUUUGCGAUUUGAAAGAACCUUUGGUUUUCAAAGUGAUUUUAGACGAUAAUAGACCUACGGAUUUGAACUCCCAAUGCGGUUGAGACAUCACAGCCAGAGUCAAGACCUACGUGUACAUAGGAAAAUUACUCUGGAUCAAGCAAGUGUCGUCGAGACGUAUAGGCCUAUAACUUUUUUUCAUAGUUUUCACCUUUAUAUCAAUUGCUGAAAGUUGGGGACUCUGAAUAACCUGAAACUCGAAGUUCCUCCUCGGAUGGUCGUGAACACUCAUCGAUCCCAGCAUCUCGGGUUCCACACACGAUGGGCCAUAUCAUGACACCGGUGGGUGAGCAGGCUACACCGAGCUACAUCUCACUCCUUAAACGGGCCUCAUUCAGAAGACAACCAGCCUACGUCAAGGUGGCUGCCAAGAUCGAGGAAGAGAUUCGAAUCCGUGAUCUUCAGGCGAAGUCUCUGCUGACCCGAGCAAACCAACUCAAGAACCAUUACUCAGAUGAGAUCCAUUACGUCACAAAGACUAUUGAAUGGAAGAUGGGAGGUUUGGGACUACCUUGGGUUGCAAGGGAUGAUGAUGUGUGGGACCAGACCGCCGUCUACUGCAAGGAGUUUAUCCACUCAAAGCUCAAGCGGUUGGGGUACAUGGGAGGCAGCAAUAAGAACGGGGUCCGAGGUUCGGUAGCUGCUCGUGGCCAACGAGUCUCGGCUGUAUGUCGGGAGCUCACCCUAGUCGGAUCCGAGCUCGAACGGAUGUACCCGACCCUCUAUAAGGAUAUCACCAAGCAGCUCAACGUCACCAUUUCUUCCGAGCAGAUCGUCGAACAGGUGCUUUUCGACGUCGGCGAUGCGGUGUUCAAGGCGGGGAUCACAUGGGCGAGGGUCGUCGCGUUUUUUGUCGUGUCGUCGUCGUUAUCAAUUGAAUGCAUGCAGCAAGGGAAUGGCAUCUUUGUACACAGUAUUACAGUGGCUCUAACGAGAUACGUUCAAACAAAACUAGUGAGGUGGAUAGCACAACGCGGCGGAUGGACGGAUCUACUGCGGACAUUCCGCCGGAAGAGAAACGAUUCGGGGUCUAUAUGGCUCUUGACGUUUGGGGGCGUCUUCUUCGGUUUGCUCAUCACUGCCUUGUUAUCGCACGCCCCGUGGAAGCCAGAAAAUUGAGGGUGGGGCAGGGCGGUGUUCCGUUUGUUUUCAAAUCGAGUUUGCAAAGACAAUAUUACAAAUAUUUACAAGUUAGGCUUGCAUUUGUGAAGAUUUCUUGUAACGACGUGGAUGGAUGGAGGGGGGGGGGGUCCUCCGAUUGCUGUACGAAUAAAACAAAUAAAUGAUUAAGGGGCAACCCCCCCCCCUCCGCCGGCAUCACUGCCCAUAUUUUGAUGCCACUGCCCAUCAUUGAUGUCACGUGUCGAAUUAGGAGACUAUAGUGGGAGCCGAGUUUGAAGGAAAGAUGCAAUGCUCAAUUCAAUAAAUUAUCAACUGAAACAAAACCCACUAUCAUCGUCGGGUAUCGCAACCACGCACUCCAGAGUCGAAUCGUCAUCAUCCAGUUGUUGUUUUUUUCUUGGCACAUUGUACUACGUCAACAAUAAACGGGGAAGACUCCGGUCACACUGAGAUAUGCCUCACAGAAGAUACAUGUGCCCGACAUAACAACACAAAAACGAAUCCUAAUUUUGAGCACCAUCACUUUGUCUUACAGUUUUAACAGUUCAAGCUUGAAGAUUAAACUAUUAUGAGGUAUGAAUUAAUGUUUUUACCCCCCCCCCGGAUCCUGAUCGUGAAAUUCAUGAGGAUUUUGUAAGAAUCAUCUAUUACGAAAUGAAAGACUUCGACAAUUCAGAGUCGGUUGGUUGAAAUUAAGUGACCUCGCUAGUUUCGUACUGAGCUAGAAUGUUCCUCAAAGAGUGGAGGUUGUUCAAACUUUGCCAGUAGGCGGUUCUGAUAUACAUAAAUGUUUGUACGGGCAUAUUAGUGGAGAGAAGUCGUCAGUAUGAAUUUAUAAAUUACAAUAACUCCAAACAGAAGGAGUACAUACGGCCUUCUCAAUCAUCAUGGCAUCAUCAACAUCAUUACCAUCACCAUCACUACCAUCAUCACCAUCAUCAUUAUCAUCAUCAUCAUUAUCAUCGUCAUUAUCAUCAUCAUUAAGUGCGUUGCAAUCUGAAUAUGAUUUGUAACGGAUGUACAUCUAUAAGUAUGACUUAUGAUGGUUAUAUCAUCGUAGUAAUUAAUAUGUCACCACCAUCACCACCAUCAUCACCAUCAUCAUCAUCAUCAUCAUCAUCAACAUCAUCAUUAUUUAACACGGUUAAAUCAGAAUAUGAUUUAUAAUGGGUACUGGUAAAGCAAUCACAAGCCAUGACAAAAAUAACAUUGAUGGGCCUAUUUUGAUCAUGUUGAUGGUUCUGAUAAAGUGUGUUCAUAAGAUGCAAGAAAAGGAUAUCUAUAUACCUAGGCUUGUAUACUUUUAGGUGACUUAAAAUAUUUUGCUAUUUUGUGUUCCAUAUCACAUUACGACCGUAAAUUUGUUAUUUUUUUAACCACAAAAAAGUGUAACCAAAAGACUGGAAUGAUUGGAAUUUCCUGUUUGAAAUUACUCGGAUUUUUUCUUUUACAAGAAAUUUAGUAAUUGGUAGCUCAUCGUCUAUAUCACCAUAAAGGACUUUUGUGCAAUAUUCCAGAUGACGAUAAUCCACAGACUUUAUGGUUCCAUCUAUAUCUUUUCAAAGGAUUUUUUUAACGCCAAGAUUAUCAAAAUAGUUAUAUGUAUUUUUUGUCUAUUUCAUCUUUUAAUAUUUUAUAUUUUCACUCAACUUUUUAUUGGGCGAUAUAUAAAGUUACAUUUAAGAAAAUCUGUGAAAACUAUAUAGUCGGCCUAUUUUGAAAUAUUGGUAGAUGCUCUAAAAUCUCCACUUUCAGAUGAUACAAAAAAAAUUGUUUGUUCAUGCUUGAGCGAACAUCGACCUUGAUAUAUAACUGGCUUGCGCCAAUAUGAAACGAAAGCAGACUUUACGACUAUCGACGCUAAAACGAUCUACUAUUCUACACUGUAUGCUAUACUUCGAAAUGUUAAUUCAGCAGAUUUUUCUAAACUUCUUUAUACGCAAUUGACGAAUUGCCGUGUAAGUUGUCCCCCCCCCCUUUAUUUCAUUUUAAAUUAUUUUCAUAAAGACAAUCAUUAUUAAGACGGUGUAUGAAAUGUAUGAAUGUUUCAAACUAUUGCCAUUAAUGUUAUAAAAUGCUUUAAAUAACAGUACAAAAUAAUGAACGGUAUAAAUAUGUUACACAGCAAUAAAAAGAAACGAAUGCUUAAUUGUGCCCAUGGUAA